CCCGGCAAGCUGAAGAAAACGGCUUUCAAACUGUGCGGAGGGAAGAGGAGCAUCUGUACGCUGCCCAGUUUCUUCGGAGGCAGAAGCAAAGGCCAGGGGAAAGCAGCCUCCAAAAAGGGCCUCAGUAAAUGUAAGACGCACGACGGGCUCAGCAGCGCGGUGUAUGACAAGGAUGGCACGGCGCAGCCAGAAAGCCCCUCGGAGGGGAGCAGAGACUCGCGUCCGUGCCCUUUGCCGAGCUCCCAAAGCGCUCACUUGGCUGCAGACACCACCGCCAAGUUUGACUUCGGCCACCAGGACAGCUCUCCCCCCGGCAGCAUCGAGGGCUGUGAGAAGAAGCCCAAUGGAGACAAGUCCUCCUUGCCCAGACCCAAAAAAGGCCUGAAAGGGUUUUUUAACAGCAUCCGGCGUCACCGGAAGAGCAAGGCUGCCGAGUGCGAGAAAGCAGAGCUCCCCGAGUGGACCGGGGAUGCGGAGGAGGCCGGCAAAGCUCUCGGGGUGGGAGCGGAGAGCCGAGGGGCUGCGGAGGGAAGGGGGCUGGGACCUGCCCACCUUGCCGCGGCGUGCCCGGGGAGCUCGGAGGACAGCUGCAAUGGCGGUGAGGCUGCUGAGCCCGUCUGUCUUGUGGCUGACGAAGGCAGCUCUGAGGGCGACGCGGUGGUGGUGCCGGGGAAGGGGGACGAUCUGGAUGUGAAACCGGAGGGCGACGGUGUUGCCUGCACAGAGUUUGACUGUGGCAGUCUCCUGCAGGCCUUUCAGCCGGACUUCGUGGACAACGACCCUCCCUGCCUGCACUCUGGGGACCUGCUGAGCCUCAUCUUAGGAGAUGUCACAUCCCUGAAGAGCUUCGAUUCCCUGACGGGGUGCGGAGAUGACAUUGCUGAGCCCGACAUCACUGAGAGCACCAUCUCUGUGGAGCGCAGCAGAGACGCUGCGAAACGGAGCUCCUGCCUGGUCACCUACCAGGGCGGUGGGGAGGAGAUGGCCAUCCCCGAGGAGGUGGAGGAGUACCUCCACCAGAUAUGGAGCAGCAACGUGGCGGGGGACCGGAGCUACGGAGCUCAGGUGUCGAGCAGCAGCCUGGAGACACAUGCCUCCCACGAGGCAGAAGCCCACCCCUACCUGGGGGAUGCAAUGGACGGCGUUGACCUCCUGACGCCGCAGAGUGACCAGCAAGAGUCCGCCCCUAAUAGCGACGAGGGUUAUUAUGACUCCACGACGCCGGGGCCGGAGGACGAAGCCGGCGAUGGGCUCGGCGAGCUCAAGAAGGACCGUCUUCCCAGAGACAGUUACAGCGGUGACGCACUUUACGAGUUUUACGAGCCUGACGACGCGCUGAUGAGUCCCUCUCACGGGGAGGAAUCCCUGUUUGAGAGCAAAGUCUCACGCCCGGGGAUCUUCAGCUACUUCUUGGACUUCUGCCCCGCUGCUGAGAAGAGCCUGAACCAGGCGGUGGAGCAGAAAAGAGGGGUGAUGGAGACGGAAGAAGAGCGGCUAGCGGCCAUCCAGAAAGAGCUGCUGUACUGGGAGCUGCAGAGGGAACCGGUCUUGAAACGACUCGAUGCUCCCGCCAAGGAGAAGUGUCCCCGGGAGAAGCAGUGCGUUGAAUGUAAAACCAGAGCAGCCGGCUCCAUUGGCAAGAAUCAGAGCGGCCUUGGCGGCGAGCAGCUGGCCUCGCACGCCCCGAACAGGGCUGGGAGUGGGGCAGCUUUGGUGGCCAGAGCGGAAAAUCCAGAGUGGAGGGAUUUCCCGGGGAGUCUGUGUCCAGAAAACUGUUACAACAGCCAAAAAGCCCAAGGAAGUUGCCUUACUCAGCUCGCGAAGAACAACCUGGGGUUCAAUUCGGACCCAGAUUGUGCGUUGUUUGGGGGCUCCCUCCACGGCGGCGUAGCCCUGGCCAAAGCGGGGAUGUUCCCCGGCUACAGGCUCCCCGAGCGUGACAGCGGGACCCUCUUCUCCAGCCUCUCCGAAAGUCUGGGGAGCUCCACCUCCGGCUCUUCCUUCACCCAGAACCUCCCUGACCUCCCCACCAUGGUCACCUUCGACGUCGUCGACGUGGAGCAGGAGGGAGAAGGGGAGUGCGAGCAGCACCCCGAGAUGAACGCAGGCGAGGACAUUGCCGAGGCCUUUGACGACGGCUACGGACGGAAAGAGUCGUUGGCCGAAUGUGACGAGAGAAUGUCCCCGGGCUACCCCCCGGGCUCCUUCCAGAGCUGCAACUGGGGUGUUGCCAGCCUGCCCCGGCACCUGCGCCUUCACGGGCUGAGCCCCUCCAUGCCGGCCCCGCUCUCCGUUGACCGCAGGAGCCGGGCGUGGUGUGGUUUACAGUUCCGAUGGAGGAAAGGCGAUGAAUUAUUGCUGCUGCUGCCGCCUCUGCCCGUGCAAUGCAAGGAAACCGCCUCGCUCCACGUCCCCUCCUGCCGCGUGCCGCUCCGCCCGCCGGGGCCCUCGCAGCGGUACUGCACAGCCUGCCAGAGAGAUGGGUUCUUGGAGUUUAUUUCUGGAGGAUCUGCAGAUGAAGAGGGGCUCUGCCAGCCCUCCUCCCUCUGCAGCGUCACCGAAGUUCGGCCGUGCCCUUGUCCCGAGACCACCGGUGUGACCGCCGCCAAGCGGGAGCCGUGCCGGGUGGUGCAGGGCUCUGCAGCACAGUCUCGCUACACCGUGCGCCGCUCAGUGCACGCAUCACGUAUGAAGAAGUGUGAGACUGACAGCGAGUUGGCUACGGAGAGCGGAAAGGACUCCAGGUUACGGGAUGGGGUAACACCGCGGGAACUGGGCAUCCCUCCACGGGGCACCUACCAGAAGAGACCGCCGAUAGGACCCAUUUCUUCUCAAACAGGGGCUUCUGCAACCCCCUCCCGACCCAACCCAGUCCGUAAGGCCCAGCUGUGA